UCAAAUAAUUUGGAAAGGUUGCUUAAAACCCAUACUCGCGCACCAGGUUUUGUUCAAUCCUGUUUCUGCUCCAAGGAAACCAAAAUAUUUCUUCUGUCACUCGGUCACUCUGCGGCGGAGCGGAUUGCCUUCCACUGUUGCCCUAUCAGGGAAAGGUCUUAUCUGCUCUGAACGCUCUAAGAUGACCCACACAAGCAAAGGAGAGGCCAACAAAGGUGUUCAAAGGGAACACUUGUUCCGUAAAGAGAAAAAGAAAAGUGCAAAGCAGCAAAUUGAUGCAACCUUGGAAGAAAUUUACAAUGAACGUUAUGAGUUAAGCGAUGAAGAUGAUGAUAGUGACUGGGAUCCUUUAGAGAAACAAGUUAAGGCCGUGAAGUGGUUUUGUAUCAACUGCACCAUGGUUAACCUCAGUAAUGUUGUCCAUUGCUAUGCCUGUGGAGAGCACAAGGGUUCUGGAAUAGUUAGUUUGGGAUGUUUUGCCUCACCACUCAUGCCAGAGGGAGAUAUUGCAGCACUUGAGUUAGAUGCUACUGAGAAACCCAAAGGUUCAUUCCAGAAAGGGUUUCCAUCGGACUCCACCAUGGUUGGGUUUGAUGAGAGGAUGCUGCUCCAUGAUGAAGUUGAAAUGAAGUCUCAUCCUCACCCCGAGAGACCAGAUCGUCUUCGAGCUAUUGCCGCUAGUCUUGCUAGUGCAGGUAUAUUUCCUGGGAAGUGUUAUCCAAUUGCAGCAAGAGAAAUUACAAGGAAGGAACUUCAGAUGGUACAUGCUUUGGAGAAUAUUGAAGCUGUAGAAUUUACAAGUCGCCUGCAUGCCAGUUAUUUUACUCCCGAUACUUAUGCAAAUGAAUAUUCAGCAUGUGCUGCCAGACUUGCCGCAGGCUUAUGUGCUGAUCUUGCUUCAACAAUCUUCUCUGGCCGUGCUAAAAAUGGUUUUGCUUUGGUUCGCCCUCCUGGCCACCAUGCCGGCGUAAAACAAGCCAUGGGAUUCUGUCUCCUUAAUAAUGCAGCUGUUGCAGCAUUUGCAGCUCAGGCCGCAGGAGCAAAGAGGGUUUUAAUAGUUGACUGGGAUGUACAUCAUGGAAAUGGAACACAAGAAAUAUUUGAAAGAAGCAAAUCAGUUCUCUACAUAUCUUUACACAGACACGAGGGUGGGAAAUUUUACCCUGGUACCGGAGCUGCUAAAGAGGUUGGCUCCAUGGGUGCAGAAGGAUACUGUGUGAAUAUUCCAUGGAGCCGGGGUGGAGUUGGUGACAAUGAUUAUGUAUUUGCAUUUCAAAAUAUUGUGCUUCCUAUAGCCUCUGAGUUCGCUCCAGAUUUCACUAUUAUUUCAGCAGGAUUUGAUGCUGCAAGGGGUGAUCCCCUUGGUUGUUGUGAUGUGACUCCCGCUGGUUAUGCAUUGAUGACACAAAUGUUGAGUCCUUUAUCGGGAGGAAAAUUACUUGUCAUCCUAGAAGGAGGGUAUAAUCUUCGAUCAAUAUCAUCUUCAGCUACAUCAGUGAUUAAGGUCUUACUAGGUGAAAGUCCAGAAACAGACCUGGAUCGUUUUAUACCUUCAAAGUCCUGUUUAAGAACCAUAAUGGAGGGUACUCAAAAUACAGAUGAGCUAUUGGCCAAUAAAGUUCCACUUCGACAAGCUGUUGUCACAAUGGGGAAUGCAAGCUUUUAAGAACACAAGUGUAAUCCCUCCUGCUUCUUCGAAACGUCCUGCUCUUACCCCUUCCUCAACUGUUCUUGCUGGUAGGGGUGAAGGAAAGGUGAUUGUGGCUGCUGGGAAGUUGGUUCCUCAGCAAGGUUCCUCCGCUGGCCAGGCUACCGAACACGCCAGGGAAGCGUUCACGGAUUGAGAGUGGUGGUCAGCUGGUCCUGAUCGACCACGUUAUUGACUUAACGGCCCCUGAAUUGGAAACCAUGCAGUCUGCUCUUCCUCCUCGCCCGAAGAUGGGUUCUACUCCUGGAAAGGAAGGUGAUCCUGCUCUUGCUGAUACCUCGGUCAGUAGCCGGCUGACCGUGGAAUUCUCUGCCAUGGGCCCUCGUGCCGAGGGUCUCACACUGUUCGGGCAGACUGCAUCAUCUAUGUGGUGCAGCACUUCCCUGAAGGCCGGUGAGAACUUUACCAAUUUAGCUCAUUGGUCCGAUCUGGUCGAAGCAGGUCAUCUGGAAAGCAUCAAGGUCGGGACUUACUACCACAUGGCUUUCUUGGCCGCUGAGCGGGAGAUGACGCUUCUUGCUCAGGAGCGGGACAAUAGUCAGACUCUUCUGGCUGCUGCUCGCAAGAUGACCGCAGAUCUUCAGGAUCGGGCCAACAAGGGAGAUAAGGCCAGGGCUGAGCUGGCGGAGCUGGAGAAAAGACUUCAGCAUCGCGACCAGGAGAUAAGGGCUCUUAGGGCCAAGGUGGAAGCCGCUGAGGCUGCUGGUCUAAAAUUCAAGAAGAGCCAGCCCAAAGAGGGAGAGAGGUAUCUCGCUCCCUAUUCGGCCGAUGCUUCCAAGAUCACCCAACAAGCGGUGUUUGACUUCCAACGGGGCAAAGGGUUGAGCAUCGCUCUGGAGAAUAUCGCUCGGGAGUUCCUUGGGAAACACCUGGGGGAAUUUUUGGAGAAAUGUGAGAACCCCUUGGUCGAUGGCCUGAAACUCCUGGACUCGUCAGCGGCUGGAAAAGCAUUUGCCAAUGCCAUGGCUCGGGACAUUCUUGUCAAGUGCCAGGACAUGAUCGUUGAUCGGAACCUCGAGGUGAUCAAUGUGCAUUUUCCUCAGCCAUUCGAUCCUGAAGAGGAGGACUUCGAUGAGCUGUUCUGCCGGGCUUACAAGCGGGUGAUGGAGAAAAGGCAAAAGGCAAAAGAUUCUGCCGAGCCUUCAAAUUCCAAAUCUAGUGCAUCUCCAAAUGAGGAUCCUCCCGCAGCAUAGCUUUUUGUCUUUUUACUUUGUUUAUUCCUUCAUUCUUUUGUAUUUCCCGGCCGGUAGUGCCGAAGAAUAAAGACAUAUUCUUCGUUCG